GUAUGCAUGACUCCUACGUCCAGUCGCACGGCCUUGCAUGCCGUGCACGCACGCACAGAUGACACUAGCAGGGAGCAUGAGCAUCUGCUGGACGUCGCCGACGGGCCCAAGAUACGGGUGCGCGGGCUGCGGCGGCGGUCGGAGGCGAGCGGCGAGGAGGUCCUGCGCGGGGUGGACCUGGACGUGCCGCGCGGGGCGGUGAUGGGCGUCAUCGGCCCCAGCGGCGGCGGCAAGUCCACGCUGCUCCGCGCGCUCAACCGCCUCUGGGAGCCCGCCCCCGGCGCCGUCGCCCUCGACGGCGCCGACAUCUGCGGCAUCGACGUCCUCGCGCUCCGGCGCAGGGUCGGCAUGCUCUUCCAGCUCCCCGCCAUGUUCGACGGGACGGUGGCGGACAACGUGCGGUACGGGCCACAGCUGCGGGGCAAGAAGCUCACGGACGCGGAGGUGGAGGGCCUGCUGAGCCUGGCCGACCUCGACCCCGCCAUGUCCUCCAGGCCGGCGUCGGAGCUGUCCGUCGGCCAGGCGCAGCGCGUCGCCCUGGCCCGCACCCUCGCCAACGGCCCGGAGGUGCUGCUGCUGGACGAGCCGACGAGCGCGCUGGACCCGAUAUCCACGCAGAACAUCGCGGAGGCCAUCGUGCGGCUCAAGGAGACGAGGGGGCUCACCACGGUGAUCGUCUCGCACAGCGUGAAGCAGAUCCAGCGGGUCGCCGACCUGGUCUGCCUGGUCGUCGACGGCGAGGUCGUGGAGGUGCUCGCGGCGUCCGACCUGGCUCGGGCCAAGCACCCCGUGGCCCGGCGCUUCCUGGAGCUCAGCUGAAUAUGCUUGUUUCGCUGCGGCGAGCGUCCUUGUUCAGUGUCGACCGUCACCGACCUUUGCUUAGCUCGGGCUUCGGACUCGCUACGGCGACGAAUGUUGCGUGCGAUUUGGUGGAGUAAAU